GGAUCAUGGAAAGAUAUUGUUCUGAUGACUCUUAUGAGGAUGGUGAUCACUUUAAGAGUGCAGAGUACAGUAGCCAUCAUGUGAAGAAGAAGACCUUUGUGCCUAAGCAUGGCUCUGAGAUGUCUCUGUACAAGACAAAGAUGUGCAGGUUUAUACAGGAAACUGGUAACUGCACCCAGACCAAACACUGCGUAUAUGCCCAUAGCAUCCAUGAACUCAGGAAGAGCCUUCAGGAGCCGAUUCCGAUAUGGGUCAAGAAAGUUUACGAACGAAUGUGGAAAAGCCGAGAUAUGAAAGAAGAUUGUGACCCAAGACCUAACUUUGGUGCUAACACCAACUUGUUUUAGAGAAAAGAGAGGGUGGAUUGCUGAAGAAGCAGAUCAUGAGGAGGGACUCCAGUCUAAAUUCUUUGGGGGAAGUACCUCCCCAAGCAGAAAUCCUGUAAGAACUGACCCAAACAAUGAUAUACAGUCAGUUGGAAUCCCAGUUUUUACGGGAACUCCUAUCCAGCAGGAUGGUGAAAUUGAGGAGGAGUACAAGAAGCUGAAGAUUGAGAGCCAAGACCAACAGGUAAUAAUCACCAAGCUCCAGAGAGACAAUGAAGAGUAUGUGCAGAAACUGAAAGAGUUGUCCAGAAAGUGCAUGAACUAUGAAUCCUUAAUUGAAAAAUAUAAAGUUAUCAUUGAGUCAACUAAAUCAGAACAUGACCAAGCCAAGAAGGAAAUGGACUGUAAAGAAAGCAAGACUAUUCAAGAGCUCACGAAAACUAUCGAAACAUUGAAGGUAGCAAACUCUGAGCUUACAAAUAAAAAUAAAGAGUUGCUCUGUAAGAAUGAUAAGAAAGAUCCACCAGGGGAUUCUUACUAUGAAAUUGUGAUAUAUGGAAUAAACCAGUUGGAGGAGAUCACAAGGAGUUAUUUAACAAAGAAGUUGAUGAACCAUCCUGUACUAACUCCUUCACUGACAAUUGUUGAUAAACAGGAUGUGUUCAACAUCCUUGAUUAUAGCCCAGAACAUCCUUACAACAGGGUCCAGGAAUUCCAGAAGGCCAAAAUAUUUCCUCCAAUGAAGAGUGUUGUAGAUCUUAGAUAUGAGCUCAAGAGAAUGGUCGAGGAGCAAGAAAGUAAUGAUGGAGAUGUCCAGACAUCAAGCUCAAACAUCUUAAGUGACAACUCUGAACAGCUGUUAGAGAAAAUAAGCCAGCUUGAAUCUAGACUGGAUACUAGAAACAAUAAAAUUAAGAAGUGUAAUCUUCGUAAAAAAGAGCUGGAGGAUCGACUAGAUAGUUGCGGAAUGACAAUCUCUAUGUUACAAAAUGAAUUGAUAUUUACCAGGAAGAACUGUUAUAAGCUUGCAGAGGAUGUCUCGAAGUCCUACACUGAAGCUGAUGUGGCUGACUACAAAAGACAAAUUACCCAGCUGCAUGAAUCUAUUAGUCAAUACAAAAAGGAGAAUACUAAUUGAAUAGAACAGGAUGUAGGCCUACAGAAAAAUCUUGCUAAGUUUAGAGCAACUAAUAGUGAAAUUCCUCAUAAGAAUCAGGAAAUAGCUGAUUUAAAGAAAGCACAGGAAGAGAAGUGUAAACGUAUCUCUGAGAUGGAACAGAAGAUAAGGUCACUGGAGACUUUAAAACAGAAAAUACAGGAAGAAAAGCAAGAGAUUGAGAAAGAUCUCUCUGUCAGGAUCCAAGUCCUAGAGCAAGACUUAAUCAGGAAAAAUGAGAUUGUCGUAAGCCAGAAGAAGCGCAUAUUCGAUCUGACUGAUUCUGAGAGAUUGAAGCAGCAAAAUGAGGAACUCAAGCAAAGACAUAACCAGUUAUGCGACUCUAUUGAGACUUUGCUUUACUGCAAAGCGUCGAAUGAGCCAAUGAAGAUACCCUGCUUCACUCCUUCAGGGAACACUGUUAACAUGUCUGUCAUUGAAAAAUGGAUAUCGAAUGGCACUAAAGAUCCAUGGAAUGGAAAACCAUGCAAUGAGGCUAUCAAGAACCUUCUUGCCAUAAACCUCGACCUUCUUCUCGUGCAGCACAAAUCCACGCCUCUAUGUUAAGAGAAUGGUUUGGUGGUGAUCCAAUAUUGGCUCUGAA